AUGUCGUCAGUGAUUGACUUUGUCUCUGAGAGUCUGAAGAAGAACCCGCUUCCGCGGCAAGCCUUCCAAGAAGAGCUUCCCAGUGGCUGGAAGAGAAUUGAGUCCCGAACAAAGCCAGGAACCUACUAUUAUGCUCACCCCGCGACCAACCGCACUCAGGUUCAACCGCCUUCAGGAACGAAGCAAGUGCCUGCUAAUGGAGAGGGGCAGAAGACCUCCAAGGCGCGCACUGCAAAAGAGGAGGAGGCCCAGAAGCAAGCUCAAUUAGCUGCUGACAAGGAGCAAGAAAGAAAAAGGAAGCAUAAGGAGGUUGAGGAGGAAGCUGAAGCUGAGGAGGAGUUAGUUGAAGAAGAGAAGAGGCGCAUCAAAGCAGCAAGAAAGGCGAAAGAGCUUGAGCUAAAGAGAAAAGCCCAAGAGGCUGCUCGCCUUGAAAAAGAGAGAAAGGAGAGGGAAGCAAAGCUGGAGAAGGAGCGCCUACAAAGGGAGGCAGAGGAACUGAAGCGAAAGCAAGAACUUGAAGCCCUGGCCGAAGAGCGCCGCAAAAAAGAGGCUGAGGCUCGAGCAAAGGAGCAUGAAGCCCAAAGGCGCAAGGCUAUGGUCUUUGAGCAGCAUUCCAUCCUCCAGAGAAAGCUUGCUGAAGAUGCUCGAAAGCGGCAAGCGGAGGAAGAGGAGGAAAGAAGAAAGAAAGCUUUAGAAGAGAAAGCGCAGGAGAAGGAGCAGAAGGAGCAGAAAGUUCAGAAAACAAAUGAAGCAGAAGAAGCAGAACGUAAGGCAAAAGCAGCAAAGAUGGAUGCCAAGAUUUGGAACCAAAGAAUUCCAGAUAUGGUGGACCCUGUGUCGACUGCUUGCUUUGAAGUAUUCAAGUUGGGCAAGCAUCUUCGCACACAUGUGCUGGGCGGUGACAAAUCUCGCUGGAUCAUAGGUCGUGGGCCAGCAGGUGUUGACAUCGCGAUUGGCAACCCAAGAAUUUCAAGAAAGCAUGCAGAGAUAACGACGCAGGGUCCCUUGAUGUUUCUGAACGACCUCGGAUCGACCUAUGGCACGGCGAUGAACAAGGAGAAGUUGGAGGCAAAGUCUCCAGUUGAACUUGUGACUGGUGCAAGGUUCCGCUUUGGAGGCCUGCCGGAGCUCUAUGUGUACAGGGAGCCUGUGGAGGAAGAAGAGGAGCCUUCGUCACCGCCAGUGGAGGCGGAGGUGACAGGUACUGCAUAUGCGGAGGACGCACCAGAUUUGCCGCCACCUGUCCAGGCAGCACCAGAAGCACCGGCAGCACCAGAGAUAGAUGCAGAGGCUGCUGCAGAAGCAUCAGCAGCUGCUAAGGCAGUGGCAGACGCGGAGGAUGAAGCUCGCAUCAAGCGCAUCCAACAGAAACGCCAGGAGCGUAAGGCAGCUGAGGCGGCAGAAAAAGCGCAGGCAGCUGCUAAGAAGGAAGAAGAGCGGAGGAAGAAACAGGAGCGAAACCAAAAAAAGAGAGCGGCCAAAGAAGCUAAAGCUGCCAAAAAGGCUGCCCGCGCAGCAAAGCCGGCCAAAGGAGUUGAGCCCGAGCUCACCGGUGAAGCUACCCCACCGGAUGCUCCCCUGCCAGAUUCCUGCAUGGCAACUCCACCAGAGGAGGAGCCAGAUGAUCUGAACCUUGGAGAUGGUGAAAUUGGUGUCAUGAAGCCAGUUGACUUCUUUUAG